CAUCUCUUCUUCUUUUCUUCAUCUCUCGUCUAUUCCCACCGCGCGCAUCUGCUCCUCUGCCGCGCAGCCACUCUCCCACUCUCUCCCGCGAACGCUCCUCUCCCACGUCUAAAACAACAUGGUCCACCCCAACUUCAAGCUCGCCGAGCCCUCCCUGCUCAUCACCAAGGGCUGGAUCAACGACGAGCAGGUCUCCGCGGCGUCGGGCAAGACGUUUGACGUCAUCGACCCCGCCAAUGGCGAUAUCUGGACCUCGGCGCCGGCCAUGGACGACUCCGACACGGACAAGGCCAUCGCCGCAGCCACCGAGGCAUUCAAGUCGUUCAAGGACGUGACGGCGCGCCAGCGCGCCCGCAUGAUCCUCAAGCUCGACGAGCUCGUGCGCCAGCACAAGGAGGACCUCGCGCAGCUGCUCGUAAUGGAGUCGGGCAAGGCGCUCGUCGAGGCGCGCGCCGAGGUCGACUACGCGACUACCUACUCGUGGCUCAUGGCCGGCGAGGCUGAGCGUAUCCAGGGCGAGGCGAUCAAGGCCAACGACAACCCCACCUUGCGCUUUUUCACGCAGAAGGUGCCCAUCGGCCCAGUCGCCCUUCUCUGCCCAUGGAACUUUCCCCUCGUCAUCGUGCUGCGCAAGAUGGCGACGGCACUCGCGGCCGGAUGCACGAUGGUGAUCAAGCCGUCGCCUGAGACGCCGACGACGACGCUGGCACUUGCGCUUCUCGCCCAGAAGGCCGGCAUUCCCAAGGGUGUCAUCAACGUAGUCACGGCCUCGAACGAGACGACCCCCGCCGUUGGCAAGAAGCUGUGCGAGGACAAGCGCAUCAAGAAGGUAUCAUUCACAGGCUCGACGGCAAUCGGCAAGCUGCUCAUGGCGCAGUGCGCGCCGUCGCUAAAGAAGAUGACGCUGGAGCUGGGCGGCAACGGCGGGUGGGUGGUCUUCGACGACGCCGAGCUCGACAAGGCCGCGGACGCGCUCAUGGCCAACAAGCUGCGGCACGCAGGGCAGGUGUGCGUGUGCGCGAACCGCGUCUUUGUGCAGAAGGGUGUGUUCGACAAGUUCGCCGCGCUCGUCGAGGAGCGCAUGCGCAAGCUCAAGUUCGGGCACGGCCUCGAUGCGGACUCGACCAACGGGCCCGUCACGACGGAGCGCGGCGCCGCGCGCGCCGUCACCCUCGUCGAGGACGCGGUCAAGCACGGCGGCAAGCUCGUUAUGGGCGGCAGCCGCUUCGGCACUGGGUACCUGUUCGAGCCGACGCUUGUGCUCGGCGCCAGCCGCGACGCACAGGUGUACCGCGAGGAGAUGUUUGCGCCGAUCGUGUCGCUUUAUCCCUUCGAGAGCGAGGACGAGGUCGUCGAGCUGUGUAACGCGACGGACAUGGGUCUUUCCAAUUAUGUUUGGACGCAGAACAUUAGCCGCGCGUGGCGCUGCUACGACCGUCUCGAGAGCGGGACUAUCGCUAUUAACACGGCAAACGCCAACACCGCCGAGAGCCCGUUCGGGGGCAUCAAGGAGUCCGGGAUUGGCAAGGAGGGCGGCCUGCACCACGGCGUGGACGAGUUCUGCGUCAUCAAGGUUGCGGCUAUGACUGUGUGAGGGGGCGACCACGGUGUGAGGUGGGCAAGUGUGGGAGCGAGCAAGUAGAAUGGUAUGAAGUGGCUGCGGCAUCGAUACGGGUGUGGUGGAGAGCCAGCCGCAGGGAGUUGCUUGGGCAGCCGCUUGGGCAGGAGGGCGGGUCAGACGCAACGUACACUGUCGGCGACGGGAGCUGGGCGCACUACUCUCCGCUGAAAGUGUCAGUCGCAGUCGACGGCUUCACCAUCAGCGGCGGUGCGGUGGGUACAGAUGGC